UCGCAGUCGUGGGGUUCUGCUAAAUUUAUGAAUAUGCGACACACAAUGCGUUGGAUAUAUAUAGCUAUUUUGUAACAGGAUCUGUGAAUUCAUAUUUUGCUGGAAAAUGAUGGGGGCCAAAAGACAAACUCGAACAAGGAACUGCUCCUGUUUUUAUUUUUACGUGGCUCUACUGUUGUUUUUCGGGAAACGGGUUCUGGCAGAAAUAAGGUACUCGAUUCCGGAGGAGGUAAAAGACGGCACUGUCGUUGGGAAUGCUGCGAAGGAUCUUGGUCUUGACAUCGCCUCUUUGUUUGACCGACGGUUCCGCGUUGUUUCUGAAUCGAAGGAGACGUUUUUUGAGGUGAACCAGAACAAUGGGGCUCUGUAUGUGCACAACAAAAUCGACAGAGAGGAGCUCUGUCAGGGCAGUGGUGCCUGCGUAAUGGAGCUAAAAGUCAUCGUCGAAAACCCGUUGGAAAUACACUACGUGGUUGUGGAAAUUACUGAUGUGAACGAUCACACUCCCAGUUUCCCGGAGAAAGACCAAACAUUUGAAAUAGGUGAACAGACGUUGCCAGGAAUGCGUUUUCAGCUGCACACUGCUCGUGACCCCGAUGCAGGAAUUAACUCUAUUCGUACUUUUACGUUAACGUCGAACGAUCACUUUGAAUUAGAUAUCCGUCAAAGCGAUGAGGAUAAAAUACCAUUUCUGGUGCUGAAAAUGUCACUGGACAGAGAACAAAAGAGCAAACACCUGCUGACUGUUACAGCUAUUGAUGGAGGUAAACCUCCGAGAUCCGGCACACUUAAUGUUUCCAUUAUUGUUCUUGAUAGUAAUGACAAUCGUCCCAUGUUUAGUCAAGAGAUUUACCAAAUUGAGAUACAAGAAAAUGUCCCAGUCGGUACGUCAGUGUUAAAAAUAAAUGCGACCGAUCCAGAUGAAGGCACCAACGGAGAAAUUGAAUACAACCUCGGAAAAACUCUAAAGAAAAAAGUCUAUGACAUAUUUGAAUUGGACAAAUUAACUGGAGAGAUUCGAGUAAAAGGAGCAGUGGAUUAUGAAGAGAACGACGUUUAUAAACUAGAUAUUCAGGCAUCUGAUAGAGGAACACCUCCGCUGACAGGUGAGUGCAGGGUCGUUAUUAAAAUAAAAGAUGUAAAUGAUAAUCCACCGGAAAUAGAAGUGACGUCACUGUCGGACGUAGUGGCUGAAGACUCAAAGCCUGGCACAGUUGUUUCACUACUUAGUGUGCGGGACAAAGACUCAAAGGUAAAUGGAAAAAUUAUAUCAAGCAUAACCUCAGACGUACCUUUUCAAUUACAGCCAUCAUACAAAGAGAACAUAUAUUCAGUUAUUACUAAAGACUUUUUGGACCGAGAGCAGGUGUCGUAUUAUGAAAUAACGAUAAAAGCCACCGACUGCGGUGAACCUCCCUUGUCUACUUUUAAAACUCUGAAUAUUAAGAUAUCCGAUGUAAACGACAACAGUCCACAAUUCUCCCAAAAUCCUUUCAAGUUUUAUUUGUCAGAAAAUAAUGUUGCUGGGAAGUCAAUAUUCUCUGUGAGCGCAACGGACAGAGAUUUGAAUGACAAUGCAGCGAUUUCAUAUCAUAUCGUGAGAGAAGGGAGUCAGACUGACAUACUGUCUUUCCUUAAUGUAAACCCUGAUAAUGGACAUAUCACCGCGCUGAAAAGUUUCGACUUUGAAACACUGAAAACUUUCCACUUCCACGUUGUUGCGUCAGAUUCCGGAACUCCGUCACUGAGCAGCAACGUCACAGUGAACGUGUUCAUUCUGGAUCAGAACGACAACGCUCCAGUCAUCCUGUAUCCAGUCAGCUCCAACGGUUCUGCUGAAGGUGUGGAGGAGAUUCCCCGCAACGUGAACGCAGGACACUUGGUGACUAAAGUCAGAGCCUAUGACGCUGAUAUAGGAUAUAACGGCUGGUUACUGUUCUCACUGCAGGAAGUGACUGACCACAGUCUCUUUGGUUUGGACCGCUACACAGGACAGAUCAGAACACUUCGCUCAUUCACAGAGACAGACGAGGCUGAGCACAAACUGAUCAUACUGGUGAAAGACAACGGGAACGUUUCUCUCUCAGCAACAGCUACUGUGAUUGUCAAACUCGUGGAGCCCAAAGAGGCUUUUGCAGCUUCUGACGUUAAGAGUUCAACAAAAGCAGAUGAGGACAACAAUGUGACUUUUUACCUGAUGAUAACUUUGGGCUCAGUUUCAGCACUUUUUCUCAUCAGCAUCGUCGUGUUGAUUUCAAUGCAGUGCUCAAAAUCAUCCCCAGACUAUACUUCUAAAUAUCUACAAGAGACUAAUUAUGAUGGGACACUGUGUCACAGCAUCCAGUACAGAUCUGGAGACAAACGCUACAUGUUAGUUGGACCCAGGAUGAGUAUAGGAUCUACUAUAGUCCCAGGAAGUCAUGCGAACACUCUGGUGCUCCCUGACAGGAGGAGGGGAUCUGGAGAGGUAAGACUUAAAUGUCGUGAUUUCAGAUGUGGAUCAUCUUAUUCGAGGUCCAUUGUCUAA